AUGGUUUCUCGCGUGUCAGUGAACCAGAUCUACUCGGUGACCAACGAGUUCACCGAGAAAAGUCCAUGGCUUCCUCGCACGGAGACCGUGCAGGGCGUGGCAUUCGUGGCCAUCAACAAGUGGGACACCUACUUUUGCAAGAUGGUGACCGGCCGCUCUCAGGACUUGAGGGCAGGGAAGACGCACCACGUGAACUGCGCCUUCCUGGACGAACUGAUCGCCCAGCGGAAUAGCAAGUCCAAGGCCGCCGUGCAGGACGCAAUGGCGGUGCCCGCGGAGGGCGAGGAGAACCCCAAGGUGCCCAACAAGAAAAGGCGAGUCACUCCGGCUGACCGCCACUUGGCGCCGGCCACCAUCACUGUGAUGCUGCCUGCCGUCACGCACGGAGGCGUCUCCUUCGCCGAGACCAGUGUCCGCGCCCUGUGGAACGUGCGGAACCAACAGGAGAUCUUCCUGGAACUUGAUGAAGAAGUCCUAGAACAUCUGAGGAUUGGAGUCCUUCAGAGCCGUGAUGCGGGGCAGGAAGGGCGGCAUCACAGCGCACAGACGAAAGCGCCAGCCGAACGCCCGGCAGGGGCGGAUGCUGAGGAGUUGACCAAGUAG